UCAAAUCCAACAAGCACUAGUUCUGAAUAACUGAACGCGUCCAUUUUCACGCCUUGUAUUUUUGUGUUGUUUUUGUGAAGUGCAUCAUGGAUCUUAGUUGCCGAGACGUCCGCAAAUGGUGCAAAGGAUUCUGGGAUCGAGGAACCAUAUUUUUCCAUUAUAAGUAAUGUGAAAAAUAUUGUUAAAGAAAACUGUUAGUUUGCGCGUCUUGCAUGUAAAUAUUUGUGCGCAGUUAGGUUCUUCGUUAAGUAUAAGUUACGUAUUUUCGUGACAUAUAUGGCUGUUUUGUGUUGGCUUUCCGAAAGCGCUGGUUUUAGUGAAAACAUUGGUGUGAUUUUCGCCAGGUGUUAAGACGGCUGCUGUGUUGACAUCCAACCUAGCAAAAGCUCAUUGAAAUUUUUAUUCUGUUAUGUGGCGGUAAUGUUGAACUCAUAUAAUUGAGUUGUAGUUGUCGUUAUUGAAGUUUUUACUUGAAGUGUACUUUCUGUUUGUGUGAUGUUAAGAAAUAACGUAGAAGGAUCCUUUACGUCAUGCAGGAGGUUGGUGCUGUGACGAGGGCAGAGAGUGACGCGGGGGCUAGUGAUGUUGUUGGCAGCGGCGCGGGAGAAUGUCCGGUAAGCCCGAGGGUCGCGUGGCACCGCCAGGUCUCCAGAAUGUGCUAGUGUACGUGUCAGGCGACGGGCUAUACCCCAGCAAUGGCUCCGGAGGCAGCUACCAGGCUGCGCCCGCCGUGAAACAACCAACUCAACCACCCAGGCUACCGCAACCACUACCGCAGUCACAACCACAGCAACUGCCAUCACAACAGUUCUACAACGUCCAACCGUCGCAACCUCCGGUGCCACAGAACGGAUAUCAGUACAGUGUAGCCAACUACAAUGGGCAGGGAGUGCGGACUAACCCAGUGAUGGGCGGAGAUGUGGGGGGCAAUGUGGUGUUUCCGAGAGGCUCAGAAGCGGAGUCUCCAUGUAGUAGCUUGAGUGACCAGGAUAGUGUUAGUGUGAGUGGAGGAGUUCCUACAUAUAAAUCGCCACUGUCCGUAGCGGUUCCCAUCGGCUGGAAACGGCUUCACACCAAUGGAGCAGUCAUCUAUGUCAGCCCCAGUAACACGGCGCUCAGCUCUUUGGAUCAAGUGAAGGCCUAUCUGCAGACGCAAGGAACUUGCAAGUGCGGUCUCGAGUGCCCUCUAAACUGUGAUAUAGUAUUCAACUUUGACCCUAAGGUGGCGACGAGGCCGUGGACGACGACGUCAAGCGCUCCAGUGGGCGACCUGACAAAACUUUGCAAUCACAAGCGGAAACAAUUAGCGUUGGCGGCCAACUUGGACCAUCACCUCGAUCUCAACAGCAGAGACGGAGGAAAGAAAAAGAAACGCAAAAUGGUGGGAGGAUACAGUGCGUCAGUAUCUCAGCUGUUGGCUCAGCGUGAGAGGGAUCGAAGCAAAGAGACACAACAGCAGGGCUGGUCUGAUGUUGGAAGAGAUGGUUCUCCGAUGAUGGCGCAGAUGCAACAUCAAAGUCCUCAGAGUAGAGCUGUCUAUCCUCCAGCCUAUAACUCCGAGAGCCACAGUCAGCAGCAGUUCUACCGAUAUGCACCGAACUGCUUACCUCAGCAGCAAGGGGAGUUGAUGGGUGGGGUUGUGGGUGGAAGUGGGGAAAGCUAUCCUCCUGGUGGAACAGGAUAUACCCAGCAACAGAACUGUUCCGGUCAUAUGAACGCUGGUAUGAUGAUGGGUCAUCAGUACCAGUACCAGCAGAGGAUGUGUCCAGGUCAGGAUGGGCAAGGGAUGGAACAUCACUGUCAGCAGAAACAGCAGAACCAACAGCAAAUGCUGCAUCAGCAGCAGCACUUUCAGCAGCAACACUUUCAACAACAACCACAGCAGAUGUCACAACAUAUGAUGCAGUCAAAUUCUCCGAGGCCACAAAUGCAGCAUAACAUGCAUCAACAAAUGAUGAAUCAACAAAUUCAAUCUCCUCAUCAGCAUUAUGAAAGGAUGAUGGGACAACCAACAGGACAAUUCCAGUACCACCAGCAGGAGCAUAAACAGAUGCAGAUGAUGCAACAUCAACACUGUGUGAGUAAACAACCAAUGCAGAAUCGCGAAAACUACCAAAGGGCAGAUAUUCCACAACAGGUUCAUCAGAUGCAGCAAGGUAUGGUUUUGCAGACUUCACAAGGUCAGGUUAUGCUACCCCAACAUACAAUGGUUUUGCAACAGCCGCAGCAGCAACAACAACAACAGAAUUCAGGAAUGCAAGUUUCACAAAGUCAGACGAUGAUUCAAGGAUCUACAAUGGUGGUUCAGAGUCCAAAUCCAUCAAUACAGCAAAACCAUCAACAGAAUCAGAUUUUGAUGCAACAGCAUUCUGCACAAGUUCAGCAAGGUGUUCAAGUGCAAAUACCGAAUCAGCAAGCUGUUGUAUUACAAAACCAUCAGCAACAAAAUGUAACCCAGGUUCAAAGUAACUCCUCGAACAAUAACAUGUGUUCGUCCCCUGCCAUGCUGAUGCAUCACCAACGUCCAGCCCCACCAUGGCAGACUAACCGUAACAAUCAACUUACAAAUCAAAAUGCUGUGAUAAACCAACAACAACCACCACAACCCCAUAACCAACAACAACCACAACCUCACAAUCAACAACAGCAAUCUCCACAGACGCAAGUAAUGCAGUCGAACAUGUUUGACAGAGUUCCUCCACUACAUCAUCACUUGCCUUCUGCUCCUGUUUGGAAUGAUGAGAGGAAAAAGGCAGUAGCUAAAAUGCAAGGAAAGCCAGCGGCACAUUUAAAAAAUAAGAGGCCGCAUUAUAUGGCGGAUCAUCACCAUCACAAUGUGGGAGCUAGUAGUGAACAACCUUGCCCUAACAUCGAUGUAAGACAUCUUCCUCAGGAGCAGAACAAAAUGCCUCCUAAUCAAUCGCAGCCAUUCCCGAGUACCAAUAUUCCUUCAUUUAUGGAGGACCCUAGUGGAUAUCUUGCCCAACAGACUGCUUUAUUGAAUAGUACAAUAUCACGACAGACGGGUAUGAACGGGAGUGGUAUCAAUAUAAUCUGCCAAAGUCCUUGCAACACACAGGUCAAUGAUCAAAACUCGAAUCAAGGACAAGUUGUGAUCAAUCUACCCACAAGUACCUGUUCACCACUUGGAAACCAGGGAGUACCUCUGCCGAGUAAUGUGAUGCUACCGAACCAACAGAAACAGAACUUUGUCACCAGAGUUAAUACCAAUACCAAUCAGGGAAAUAACAGUAUUAAAGUUUACAGGAGUAAUUCUGUGUCAUCCUCCGGUUACCAGAGUCAAACUCCAAAUCAUACACAGCCAGGUAUGCCAGACAGCAGUGGGGUUUCUCCUGACCGAGGAAGGUGUUCUCAAGGUUGCAGUACAAAUAAUGUUGACGGUUUUCUUCUUCAAAAUCAAAAUCAAAGCCACCAGUCAGUUCAAAACACUGUUACUGCUGUUAAAUUCAACCCCGAAGACAGUCCUGUAACAUCAUCGACCUUUUUAGAUAAUCGUCAACCGGUACAGUCUGUAUCAACGCCUGACAGUAGAGGGCCAAUCCAAGGAGGCACAGUCAGUACAAGUAACAGAUCCCCAAUAGAAAUGGUCGCCAGGAUUCCACCAGAUGAUCCGUCUCCCGGGAGAACGCCUACACCUUCUUCAACUCAAAACAGAAGAUUAGACGCUUCUCCAGAAUCAUCCAUGUUUAUUUCCACCUCAUCACCCUUCACAUUGGCAAAUGGUAAUACAAUCAUUUAUCAACAGCAAACGCACUCGAAUCCAAAUUCAAGGCAAGAAACCUCAACACCUAUUUCACAAUCACCAAAGCCACAACAACAACAACAACAACAGCAACAAAUCAAUCUGGUGCUACAAGACGUACAUAUGCAGAGAAUGCCAACAAUAGUGACGACAAUGGCAAGUGGUCACACAGUAAGCAGUAACACGAUCACUUCUGUGUUGGCUGGCCGAGCCAACACGGCAACAGUCACUGUUAACAAUCAAACGACAACAGCACCUCCAACAAUUCCACCUCCAGUCUUGACAAAUCAACAGAUGCCUCAGGUGUCAGUAUCAAAAUCUCCACUGGAGAUGGUGCAAAGUGUUGUCAGCAGUAUUCAAGUUCCUCCAAGCUCAACAGAACCCGUUUUGAAACCAGCAACAGCCCCCAGUCUUCCACCUGGUCAUAUUUUAAUGUCUAGUAAUGGCCAGCUCAUCGUGACAAAUACGCAAGGGGCAAUUUUAUCACCCCAACAGAAUCUGACAAAGAUAAACACCUCGAUGCCACCAAUGUCCGGAGUCUCUACAAUUGUCACGAGUGUGACCGGAGCGGUAACACAAGUCAUACCUGCUGUAGGAGUCACUCAGCAAGUACUAGGCCAGCCUACAGUUCUUGUUAAUACCUUGCCCGCACCAUUACUUUUUCAACCAGGUGUGAUGACUGUGGACGGAACUAUGAACACGGUUCAGAUCCCCCAUCUUGCCGUGGCCACUGGAAAUGUGCUCCCAGGACAGAUGGUAGAUGAAUCUCGAGUUAACAACAGUAAUGGUGCUUUCUCCCCGAGAAAUCAACCGGUUCUUUUGUCACCUGAAGGAUCCAACGGGAAGAAGAAAGGAAAUGUGAAGAAAAGAAAGGUAUCACCUCAAACAGUUGCAUCGAUGUUGCAUAUUGCUGCCCAACAGAACUCUCCCACCGCUGGUGCGACUGGAAUGGUUGUUCAACAACAACAGCCGCAACAGAACUUUAGCCCUCCAAUGCUUCAAGCUUUAACGAUUUUGCCAAGCAAAACCGGUCACUUUGGUGGUACUCAGCAGUUAAUUGCAACAGGAAAUAUAUUGCAACCUUUAAAUCUCGUGCAAAAUUUCCCUACAAUACAACAGUUUAUCGUUCCUGCAGGACUUGGAGGAAUGGUGAUGGCCACUGGGGACGGAACGGCAACUCUACUGCAAGAUACGGUACAGUUAAAUGUUCUGACUCCCAUGCAGGGACCUGGAGGCACGGUGUUCGGCCACACCAGUGGUCAGAGCAUUCUGGCUGCAGGUCCAGCGGGGAUGGUCAUCAGAACCCCAACAAACUCAAACCAACAAACGGGGAAGGUUCAGCUUCACCCACAAAACAGCUCUGGUAAUCAGUUUAUAGCGAACUCACCUAAUCAGUUCCUUAUGAAUAACCCAGCCUUCAGUGGUCAGUUGAGUCCAAUGUUGGCUAAUGUCAGUCCGACAAACCAACAGAUACAUUCAUUUAACACCAAUGGGGGAAAUGGCCAAGGGAGACCGAAUCAAACUCACCAAGAGUUUAUACAGUGUGGACAGACCCUAAUGGUUCCUUGCUCGAUAGCGCAAAAUUCCUCAUCACAAAACACAACGGUGGUGCAGCAGAACACAACAAUAGUGCAACAACAGACUACAAUGGUUUCAAACAAUCAACAGAAUAUGGAUCAGAACCCUGGUCCUUCCACUUCGUCCUCAUCUAGUUUAAGUUUGAACCAGCACAACUUUAUAUUGAACAACACAGAUGGAAAACAACAGAACUUCAUCUUGACAACAGACCAGAAAGGGCAAGGUGGAUUCAUUCUUAGUCCGAAUCCAGAUAAACCGGGAACUCAUAUCAUCUUGAACACGGAUAAAACUCAGUAUGGCGGUCUGAUAAUCAGCCAGGAGAAACCGAACCAGAUGUGUGGAAAUUUUAUCUUGAGCAAUUCUAACAUGCAACAAGCUGAGAAGACCUCAAAUAACUUUAUUAUAUCUGGAGGAAGUGUGUCCGAAAAGCAGACAAUGAACCGGUUUGCUAAACAUUCGGUUUCAACUCAGACAGCAGCAAAUCAACAGGUUCUUCAAGUUUCAUCCACUCCGGUACCGACUGCCUUAGUAGUUGCCACCAGUAACACGUUCUGUCAGACCUCCACAGCGCCAUCCUCGUAUUCCGGAAGUCCUCCUGAUACUACAACGCACAGUCCUGUAGACGGAGGAACUUCUCAGAGUCCGGGACUUAACUUGGAAGCGCCCUCCAGUUCUGUUACUGUCGGAAGUACUGAUGACUUGUCCAGCCCCACUUCGUCCAGUGACCCCACCCGAUCACAACCCAUGGUGCAUUGUGUUUCCAGUAGCAAUGAACAAGACCCGGACUGGAAGGAGAAUCCUGCUACAAGCCCAGCUAUGUUCUCACCACCAGCCAACAGCAUGGAGAUGGUUUACAACAGAGGUACAGGCACCAUGAAGAACAUGUCGAUGAGCUCUUACGUAGAGUCUUCUAGUGCUACGAUGCAGACAUACGAUAAUGAGGGACUGCUUAAGCGUAGCAAUGAUGGGGAGAUGGUAGGCAGGCAGAUGUAUGACUACAGCUCCUUGGCUCGUUCCCGAUCACACAAGCGCAAACACCCACAAGUCUGUGUGGACAGUGAGACAAGAAUACACACGUCCACCCUGUCUCCACAUGACGAGGACGACGAGGAGGACAGUGAUGCCUGGUCGGUGUCAUCACCAUCGGGCGGGGGCCCAGGGGCGGGGGACCUGGUGUGGGGGGCGGCUCGGGGCUUCCCCUCCUGGCCCGGCAAGCUGGUGGGGCCAGCCCCCACCCCAGGCCGAGUGUGGGUGCGGUGGUUCGGAGGCCCUGGGACCCUCUCUGAGGUCCAUCCCGGCCGACUCAAGACCCUGUCCGAGGGCCUGGAAGCACACCAUAGAGAACGGAAGAAGUUCAGGAAAAGUCGUAAACUAAACAGUCAGUUGGAGAACGCGAUACAGGAGGCCAUGGCAGAGCUGGAUAGAAUGAGUGAGACCCCCCAGCAAGGGGCCCCUCUGCCUCCGGCCACGACUUCCGCUGCUCACCACACCACGGUGCAGGUGUCAGCGAGGAAACGCUAGAACGCAUCACGUCCGUACAUAACAGCUUACACAACAUUAAUGCCAGAAAUGCACACCGAGGAUCUAUUUGUUUUAAAAAUGUAUAGCUCAUUUUAAUUUUACGAAAAUCCUUAUUGUACUUUGAAAUGUUAUGUAAGUAUUUUAGUGUAUACGAAGCACUCUAAUUUUUGUCGUACACUUGCAUGUUUUGGUUAUAGUUAAAAAAAUAUAUAUAAUAGUUUGGUUAACUGUCUCCUUAUUUCAGAUUUUUAAUUAUGAGCUCUGAAUCAAGGCUGUGGGUAAACAAUUAAUUCGUAAUUAUCGUUGAUUUUAUCUUGAAGCCAACACGCAUUUCGAAUUUACAGUUUUGAAUACAACAAAUUAAUUUGUAGGUGCUCAAAACAUUUGUAUCCUAAUUUAACGAAAUACUUUUUUGAAGUCUUCCAAGGUCUCCUCACAGCGUCUUCCAAGAAAAUUUAUUAAAGUUUCAUUUAGAAGUGUGAAGACAGAUUUUUUUUCGUAUUAUUAAUAACAGUUACGUAAUUCAAACAAUGAUUUGGUUUCAUGAAACGGAAUGAGGAGACAAACAGUUCCAAAUAUGUUUAUUCAAUAAGCGUGAAUAUAUAAAUAUUACUCAAUUUGAAAUUGAGUAGUCAAAAGUUGUUUCAAAAACAACAUGAGUGUGUGAAAAUUCUGAGCUUUAAAACGUCUGUUACUGGAUAAUUUGAUUACUAAGCUUAGGUCUAAGAACUAAAAAUCUCACAUAUUUAUAGUUUAAGUAAACAAAAAAAAUCAAAUCUUUGUUGUAAAUUAACAUUUAUUUUGACAUCCAUAGUAAAUUUAUUUGUGAUAUUUUUCCUUUUUAUUAUUAGUUUUAGAUUUUAUUUUUAUAUGUACUUUUUGUUGAAUUGUUUGUAAGUGACUCUCUUGUAUCAUUUGUUCUAUUUAUUGUGUUUACAUCACUUUCAUAUCAAUGAGUUUAAAUUAACGUUUAUGUAAUAAUUGUAAUGAUCAUUGUUUGCAAAAGGGAAGAAAUCACAUUUUAAUUUAGUUCAUGUUUAUUUUGGUGUGCAUUGUGCUCUUGCUUUAAUGCAACUAAAUGUGAGAAACAGUAUAUCGACUCACCCAAUAAUUUAAAAGUUUAUGUUGCCUUCUGUUACUAUCAUCGUUGUAAAGUGUGCUUUAUAAUUUAGCUUAAGUUAUGCAGUUCUGUGGUGAACACUGCAACUCAGAUGCUAGCUUAGUUUGAUGUGCUUGCAACAAAUGUGUGUAUGGUCUGAAGCAUUGUGACAGAUUAUUUUUGCUAAGAUUGUGUAAGUGAAUGUGUACAUCGAUUACGGAGACACAACGAUCCUGACCUCGACUGUUCGUUGGAGACUGGAGAUUCACUAACUGAUCAAAUCAACAAAUGCACUAUUGAUUUAGCAAUGUUACAUUGAAAUGGGUUUGAAGUAAACGUUCAACUUAAUAUUAAUUUUGAUCAUUAAAAGUUUCAUUGGUCAAUUUAGUUUAAAUAUUUAUCAAAAAUAUUUGCUACUUUGUGAACAAAUCACAGCUGUUUUGACAGCAGGACAUUUUCUAUGACAAUAGUGUAUUUUUUUCAGUUAGCUGUGAUUGCCUUUGAAAAAACUUUUAAACAACUGAUUUGAUGCUCCUCUCACCCACAGUGUGUCGUUCUGUAACAUUAGUUUGUGUCUUAUGCAAUAAAAUGCAUCAGUAAUCCAGUAGCACUGCUGGCACAAAGUUCUCGUAAUCCAGGCUGUCAUUGACAAUCCACUAGCACUGCUGUCACAAAGUUCACGUCAUCCAGACUUUCAGUGACAUUUAGCAACAGGAAGUAUGACUCAUUGAGUAUUUUUCGAUUUAUUAUGGAAGAAGGAAAGUAUUAAGAACGUAUAAUGAAGUUUAUUUUGGUCCCCGAUAAGGAGAGCUCGUCCAAAAAUAGUGGGCUACAAUAAUACAGAAGUACCUAUGAGAUGAUUUUAUCUUCCAUAGUGAUGGGAUGCCCGAACGGUUUUUAUAACCGACUAACCAGUCAGUUAUUUCUGUCGUUAAU